GCUCAAAGUGUCACUGGAAUUGAGUAUCAGUCAGAUGCAGAACAACACUCCGAAGGCUCUAGACUUCUUCGGGUUCAUCGGGUUGUUUCCAGGCGGAAUCAGACAGGCUGAACUCACUCAUAUUUGGAAUGACAACUCGUGGAUUGGCUACAAAGACGAACUCAUCAGAGCUUCGCUUCUGGUCUACAAGAAGAACAGUCAAGACGAGUUUGUGUUCAGUCUGCUACCGUUCAUGACUAUUCGAGCCUGAGAGUACUUGGACUCUGACACUGAGCUCAAGUCUGAAUAUCACUCAAUGGCCUGCCAGUUGUAUCUGAGUGAGUGACAGAGUAUUUACGAGGCUGACAAAAGCAUCGAAACCGUCCAGAAGUUCACAGAGAUCGAGACCAAUGUGUGGGCCUGAAUGUAUAGAGCAGUAGCCUCAUCAAGAGUUUCAUCAAAACACAAACUAACCAAAUCGAUCACAGAUGUGAGUCAGUUGUCUCUGGCUGACAUUGAGCAGUAUUUGAUGAGUCCUUCUGGUUCAAAGCUGAGCAAUCAAGAGUGAGAGCAACAACUGGUUGCAUAUUUCACAUGAGUAUUGUUUCAGUAAGUUCACAACAUCAUAUUUAGGCUGAACAAAGUAAAUGAGCAUGUGGUAGCAUUG